AUGGGCAAUCAAGUCUAUGGAGUGUCUUCGCCUCAGGUUGUCGGGUGUGAGGAGUGUCUGCACGAACUACAGAACUGUUUUACUUUUGAGGAGGAACUUAGGGGAUCUCGAUUGUUUAAAGUGGCUAAAGUGAGGUGUAUGGGGAGCAAGUGGUCGCCCCGCAAAGUAGUGAAGGUAUUUCCCUACACAAAAGCCACCUUCUUGAUUGAGAAUGUCAGAAAGGCUGUACUCCCAUUUUGUCAAUGGAUUGAGGGUGCCGUAAAUCUACUUCCCCUGAACAUAGACUUCGUCACCGAUAAGUACGCCUUCAUAGUUCGUGAUUUUGUGGACCACUCGCUGACCGAGCGUCUUUGCACUCGACCCUUCCUCACUAUGGACGAAAAACGGUGGGUCGCCUUCCAACUUCUUUCUGCUAUCAGUCAGCUACAUUCCUCGACAAAUGCUGACUCCACCCCGCGUUGCCAUGGGGACAUUAAGUCGCAAAACGUACUCCUCACGGCCUGGGGCUGGUUGCUCCUGGCCGAUCCGGCGCCCUUUAAGUCCACCCGCCUGCCUGCAGACAAUCCGAGCGAGUUCACCUAUUUUUUUGAUAGCUCCCGACGUCGGGUCUGCUAUCUAGCGCCUGAACGCUUCAUCGACCCGCUGCUCUGCAGUGCUGGUAAUGGUGAGGCAUUUGGUUCUGCCCCUGGGUCUCUUAACCUCAAAGGCGAUGUUGAUCCCUGUGUUCUGCAACCUCAUUCUGCACCUUGCCUAAAUGCUAAACAAAUUUUGCAAGAAGAUCCAGAGGCUUCGAGACCGAGUUCAACUCGGUCCCGAAGCACGGAUCACGUUUGCCAGGAAGAGGAGGUGACGGUCGGUGAGGUGGCUGAUGAAAAUCUGCACGCAUACGAAGAAGACAUCAUGUCGUCGCAGUCCCUAACGCUCACCAACACUAUUACCGGAGGUAAAAAGAGCCAUUCAAGUGAGGUUGACAAGGCAACUAAUCGAAUUGGCCGCCUCCGACUUAUCUCGGGCUCGUGUCCGGACUCGGCGUCCCCCACACCGCCAAAUGUGAACAUGGAGAAGCCUUUGACGGAGGAUUUCAUUAGAAGUUUCAAUGAACCGCACCUGCGGCCUUCGAUGGACCUCUUUUCUGUCGGGUGUGUUCUGCUGGAAAUGUUCACGGAUGGAUCGGUAGCUUUUACGCUGUCCGACCUACUCGCCUACCGUCGCCAUCAAAAUACGAGGAUCAUGAAACUGCUGGCCUCUGUUCCGGAUCCCGCUGCUCGUGUACGUCGUGUCACUUUCCACAAUUCUUGUCUUAGGGAACCAGUUAUUUGCUGUCUUAUUGGCGUCCUUGAUACCUGCUUACAAAACAUCGAGCUCCAUAAAGGAGAACUGCAGCCAUUUAAUAUCAUCCGCCAAAUUGCUAAAAUAAACUGUUUUCUGAUUUCACUGAUAACAGAGCUGCUCUCGCUGCAUCCGGAGGCUCGCGGCAGCGCUGCACAUCACCUCUCCACUCAUCGAGGCGGUCUCUUCCCCGAAUUUUUCUUUACCCACCUCCACCCCUUCAUGCGGUCUUUCCUCGAACCUUCUAUGGCCAGUCCGGACGCCCGGCUUCGUCGUAUUCGAGCAAACCUACCAAACCUUAUUUCUAACCUCCUCAAUGAACCUUCCCCCGCCUGGUCCGCUGGUUCCAUAGUACUAUGCAAUCUCAUCACCGCUACUCUGCACCUGCAAUACUUUAAUCGGGCUAAUCCCGUCACAUCUGCCUAUGUCGAUAAAACAUCCUCUGUCAGUGAGACCUCCAGCAUUCCUUCCGAGGAUGCCAAAAUGGACGCACUUUACUGCCUUUCCCUCCUCAUCAAACGCAUUCCCUCCCUCCAACUCUUCAAUCGUCUCUGGCCACACUUCGUUGAAGUCCUCUCUGAUUCACGGCUCCACGGUUCGGGGGUCCGAUGUCUGGCGUUGGAGGGUUUGAUGGAGAGCUUGGAGUGUGCGACGACCAUUGCGGUCCAGGGGAAAGGGGAGAGGAAGGCCGAUUUGGAGGAAGAGGAAUGCGUGGCAGUGAUUAGUGACACACGCUUCCUGAAUGAAUUUCUUUUGCCCUCUCUCUCGGCAUUGACUCAGGACCCCUCUGUGGAUGUGCGAAUUACACUGGCUCAGUGUCUCCCGCGGCUGACCACAGUUUGUUCACGACUGUUGGAUCUCGCUAGACUACGUAUCAUGAAUGAGAGGGAGGAAGAGGGCUUGGAUGAAAAUCUGCCGGAGCAGACUCUGCUGUCGGAUGUGAGCGCAGCGCUGCACUUGAUGGGCGCCACCUUGCCGACACGCGGCGUGAACACGGGGAAAGAGGGGGUUCAAACGUUUCUACGUGAGCGCUUGGUGGCCCUCUUCUCAGACGACACGAUAGCCAACCUUGUUCGCCGCGCUCUUAUCCAGACUGCCACCGGGCUGGCCGCACUGGCCACCUUCCUCGGUCACACGAAGUCCAGCGACGCUAUCUUGUCUCAUAUGGUUACCCUCCUCAAUGACAAGAUUCCGUGCUCACUGUCACUUUUUCUCCCUUUAAAGAAGGAUGCAAAUCUGCGCGCUGCCUUCUUUAACCAAGUGGCGCCGCUAGUGAGUUGUUUUGGCCCGCAGUCGAUGACCGUGCUGCGUCCACUGUUGGAGCAAGGUCUCGCGGACCCCCACGAGAUUGCUCUCGCCGCCUGUCUGCGAGUCCUCGGCCAUCUCGAGCGUCGCCAUGUCCUCGGUGCUCCCGUCACCAUCGCCUUCCUCCAACGCAUACUUGCUCUCACCGCCCAUCCUGCUGCGCACAUUCGACAGGCCUGUAUCGCCUACGUAACAGCAUUCGCACGCACCGGUUUGAAAGCCCUCACUGUUGCACCCAACGGACCUCUGGACGAUCACACCAUUGAGACAACGGAAGGCGGCACUGGUGUCCACGACCACCGUCCCUAUACUUGCUCCAUUGAUCUAGAGCGCUUUGCUGGGGGCAAAUAUGGUAUUGCCACUGUCUACGCUCAUCUCUUCACGCGGGAGGUCACUGAGGGCAUUUUCGCACGUCCAAUCGGUUCGAAUUUCACGAACGACUCAGUGCUUCUGUCUGCCCUGCACCCUUGUCUGAGUCAUGCCUUUAUUGAGACUGUCGUCGCGACUCUCUUUGAUGUCGUCGCGGAAUUCCGCAGUGAAGACCCCUCCGUGCCGCCAAUGUCACCGCGUCAGCUUUGUGCCGACCUGAAGGAACACCUGCAGGAGCGUCAGGCUGCAAGGCAGACCGCACGGAAGUGCGAGACGCCUUGGUACCCUGCUCCCUCGAGCGACCCCGUUGCCGAAGUUCUAAACCGCCUCCGGCAGCACGAGAUGACUGACCAGGCGGAGAAUCAGUUGCUGCGCCUAGCACCCCUGUUGAUGGGUCUGUGUCAGAGUGCAGCAGACUCCGCGGAGCCAGGCUCCCGAGUCUCCUCCAUGUCAGCGACUCUGAGGGCGCCCAACCAAAUGGCCUACGUUGUCCCUUUGUCCAGUGGGGACCUGCCGAGAGCGAGACUCUACCCCUUGCCAGCUAUUCCCUCGGGUGUGGUGUGCGUGCGACGGCCUCAGCCCAUCAAUUCAAUCGUGUCAACUCCGGAGCUCAUCAAAUUGUCGUGUGAAGCAAAAACAACUCAGUAUCCUCUAGCUACCAUCAAAACAAAGCCCUCGUUCGUCGAUAUCAUCUCGUCCCGCAUCUGCCAGGGUCGUAUUCCCUUGCCCUCCAAUCCUCCUCCCAGGGCCGUGUUUGCCCGUGGUCUGACUGUUGCUGCAGUAUCGACACCGAAGCCGGCCACUGCGGAGGCUCGUGGCUCUUUCGUCUCUCUCCGCGUUUCCAACAGCAGCUUUAACGGUAGUGGUCGUCCUUCGCACACCGUCUCACCAGUUACCCUCACCUCCCCUCAGCUGCGAUGUGGUGUUGCCGAGUUCCCAACGUGGGCACUGGGGGGUGGACACACUUGGCCCCGUCUACGACUUCUUGUGCAUGUGCAUGAGCACAUGCCUGGUCAUUUGAGCCUAGCGCUACAUCCAUCCAGUCGUCUGCUCGCCUCUUGCAGCAGUGGUGAUGGAUUUGUCAAGUUUUGGGACUGCGGACGCGCUGCCCACGCCAGUUCCAGCCAGUUGAUGGCUUCCACCGAUGAAUUCGUCGAGCGAGUUGCCAGCGAGGAUGAUGAAACCACCCCAGAAACGCCUGAUGAUAGUUUGGUGGCUACGGAAGUGAAGAUUCCAGAAUGCGAUGCUGCGGAUGACGACACCUUUGCUGGACGCUCCCUUCCCUCUCGAUCUCUCUCCAGUUACUCGGUUCGACAACCUCAGGACGCCCUGGAGACCAAGCAGAGCUGUCGGUGCCUUGUGUGGACAGAGAGCGGAAGCAGUGUGGCUACACUGGUCAAUAACUCGGCCAUUCACCUGGUGGACGACUCAGUCAGCUGUCUGCGCUCCCUCUUUCCUCUGCAGACGGCACAUCACGGAAGAGCCACACACUUGACUGCCCCGGCGACCGCUUUUUGUGGCGAUGAUGGAAGCCCCCUCCACUCCUACAUGCUUGGUGGAACCGAUCAAAAUCUUCUGGUCUACUCCACAACUAGCGGAAAUAUUGUGGGACAGGAUGUGCGAGUGAAGGAACCAGUGUGGUGGUUGAAACAGGAUCGUAUGCAUGGCCUUGUAACCUGUCUCGCCGUUCACAGCGGGCAUACGUGGCUGGCGGCGGGCACGAUUCACAGCCACGUGGUCAUUUGGGAUCUACGCUACCGGCGCACCAUUUCGCAUUUCAUUUUGCCCCAUAAUACCAAGACAUCCAUGGGAUUCACUAGGCUUCAACUCUACGAUUGGUAUCGACGAUCCUCACACUCCACACUGAUUUGUGCUGCGACAGGCCACCAUAACGAAGUGGUGCUUUUCGACCUGGACGACUCUAAUCCGCGCCAGGCGUCGACAACCUGCGUGGCAGCCACAUGGACACAGUCUGACACGCAUUCGAAACCUCUGAUCGCGAAAAACUCCUGCCCAUUGCCUAGACGUGGUGUUCUUAGUCUCCUCCUUCUCCCACCGCCGUCUACGUCUUCGUCGUCCUCGACAGCACCAUCUGGUGCAGCCAAUAGUGCUGCUGCAUUGCCAACGCUGGUAACUGGUGGCCAUGAUGCUCGGCUCCGGUGCUGGAGCUUCGCUCAGCCCGACGCCUCCGCAGUUCUGUCUUGGGCGGGAACUGAGGAAAUCUUUCGGCCACGUGUCUCCUUUAGCGAAAAGUUGGUCGACGGCGUACGAGUAGUAACGGAAGAGGAGUCAGUGGAAGACUACUUUCAACAGCAGCAUCAAUCAUCCACCCCCGCCGCCUCAAAGGGUCGCCGCGGUGAGGCCUACUUCAGUCCUUUGGAUGCAGGCGACGUCACAGUAGGUCACACCAAUGGCGUCAGCGACCUGGCCCUCAUUAGUCACUCCUCUGGGCGCGCCUUUCUCGUCUCGGCGGCCAUGAACGGCGUCAUGAAAUUUUGGAGGUGA